CCCGUCUCUAUCACUCAUGAUCAAUUUCAAAAUAUAUCCAACAACCGUAUCAAGACACUGACUGCCAAUAUCACACACCGCCGGAGAAUGACCAAAAAGAGCGCCAUCAGCAGCAGCCUUUCCGGCCUUUCCACUCCCUCUAUUUCCCGUUCAUCCAUCAACCACUGCAGCUUUAACGGCCUCACCCCCGCCGACUCCAUCCAUCGAAGUGAGCUCGACUCAGUCAAUGUGUUUCGCAAAACGUUCCCAGAAAGCAGCAGGGUAACUCCUAUAUCGCCCGCCAACACCACCAUUCGGCGUAGUAAGAUCAGCCAUGCUGUCAUCGCUAACUCGUACGUCCGUCGUUGCAAGCUCGCUAACUGUGAGCUUGUCGAUGUGUGCUCCGCUAAAUCCUUGGAGGCCAAUGACUCCAAGUUCGACAAUGUGCGCUCGAUCCGCGGCCACACCUUGGUGCGAAAUAGCACCAUUACGGGCCAGAGUACUUUGAACCGGAGCAAAGUCAACGGGUCAUCCGUCACAGACGACAGUUGUCUGCGACGCAGUCAUCUUGAGAAUGUUCGGAUUGCUCGAAGUCGUGUGAAGAGGUCGGCGAUGCGGAACUGCGAUGUAAGUGAUUGCGUGAUUAUCAAGACAGAUUUCACUGGCAUGACUUUACGCUAUGGAGUUUGGAAGAAUGGAAAAUUGGUUGGAAGAGUUGGAGAUAAUGAGGUCGUGAUGACGACCCAGGAUGGUCAGAACGUCGGUCAUGUUUCUUCGGAGAACCUCGUCACCCAAGACUCCAAGGUAUGGGCGGACGAUGAGCCCGACUCAGAUAGUUCGGACAAGGAAAGCUUGGACUCAGAUGAUCUUCCACCUCCUUAUAAGCCUUGAUUGUAGUCCGGAUUUCCAUGAUGUUUUACGUCUAAUGAUAUGUAUUUGUCAUCUUUUAUUUUCUGAUCACCUCGUUAUAACCUCACCAAGUUUCUACACCUGCAUGGUUCUUCAAACCACGUUAUGCGCUGCCCAUGGUCGGUUUUGUUUAGUAUUCUACCAGCCUGCUUCAUAGCCAUGUUUCAAACAUGGUCCAACGGCUGACGGUUCCUCCAGAAUGGACUUACACGUAAGCCGAGCUCACCGUCACUAGUCGCAGGCUUUAAUGGAGCGUCAAAAACUGGAGCUUGAUGGAAGAGCACUAGGGCUCAAUUUUAUCAAGCCAACUGACCCCGUACCCACAUGUGUCGCUGUUGUUGAUCAAUAAAACUGACGGGACAGGAAAUUGCAUCAUUUGGCAGUGCAGUUGCGACGAAAUCAUGGACCAAUUUUCUCAAUAUAUAAUGCAGUCAUCUGUAGACUAG